AUGGUUCUCUUGGAGGAUUUUAAAAACUGUCUGCCUGAUACUGUGGCUACUUACCUGAAUGAGCAGGAGGUGCUUAAAUUAGAGGAAGCUGCUGUCCUUGCUGACAAAUACGUGCUGACGCACAAGCGUGUUCCUGAUGGCCGCUGGGAUGGUACUUCCUCUGACCUGCCUGUAGGGGAGCUAGUGACUACUUCUGUUGGAAGUGAUGACUCUGAGGAGGAAACUAAGGCUGAGAAGGUAGACCCUCCUUUAGAAGUCGCUGAUGACCCAGUGUGUAACCAGGCCACUGAACCAGCUCAGGUUCCUCAGGACCAGGUCAAAGAUUCUGUGAUUGAGGCUGAGAAGAAGAUUCAGAAGCUUGUGGCGUCUAAUACUCAGCUGGAGAACAGAGUGAGGGAGCUGGAACUGCUCUGUGAGACGCACAGAGAUUGGGACAUGAAACGCAAGGUCUCCCUGGCUGAGGCUGAGGAGAAACACCAGAAUGCUAAGUCUGAGGUUACAGAGCAAGUGAAGACACUGCGAGACAUUGUGCAGGUCAUGGGGAACCUGCUAUCUAAAGCAAAUAGGGAGUCUGAAAACCUCACAAACGCAUGUGAGCGAGAGCGGGAUGCUCACAGCAUCCUCCAGGCAGAGAACCAUGAGAUGAAGAAGACUCUGAUUCACCAGGAGGAGCUACUGAAGGUCUCCCUGGCUGAGGCUGAGGAGAAACACCAAAAUGCUGUGGACACCAUUGCUCAGCUGGAAGCUGAGAAGUCUGACCUUGCAGAGCAAGUAAAGACACUGUGUGUUACAGUGCAGGACAUGGGGAACCUACUGUCUGAGACUUACAGGGAGUCUGACGAUCUAACAAAUGAGUGUGAGCGAGAGUGGGAGACUCACAGUAUCUUCCAGGCAGAGAACCAUGAGAUGAAGAAGUUUCAGAUUCCCCAGGAGGAGCUACUGAAGGUCUACAUGGCUGAGGAGAAACACCAGAAUGCUGUGGAGACCAUUGCUCAGCUGGAGGCCGAGAAGUCUUACCUUACAGAGCAAGUGAAGACACUGUGUGUUGCAGUACAGGACAUGGGGAACCUACUAUCUGAGACUCAGAGGGUGUUUGACGAUCUAACAAAUGAAUGUGAGCGAGAGCGGGAGGCUCAAAGCAUCCUCCAGGCAGAGAACCAUGAGAUGAAGAAGACUCUGAUUCACCAGGAGGAGCUACUGAAGGCUGAGGAGAAACACCAGAAUGCUGUGGAGACCAUCGCUCAGUUGGAGGCUGAGAAGUCUGACCUUACAGAGCAAGUGAAGACACUGCGAGACAUCGUGCAAGUCAUGGGGAACCUGCUAUCUAAGGCAAAGAGGGAGUCUGAAAACCUCACAAAUGAGUGUGAGCGAGAGCAGGAGGCUCACAGCAUCCUCCAGGCAGAGAACCAUGAGAUGAAGAAGACUCUGAUUCACCAGGAGGAGCUACUGAAGGUCUCCCUGGCUGAGGCUGAAGAGAAACACCAGAAUGCUGUGGAGACUAUUGCUCAACUGGAGGCCGAGAAGUCUGACCUUACAGAGCAAGUGAAGACACUGCGUGUUGCAGUACAGGACAUGGGGAACCUGCUAUCUGAGACUCACAGGGCAUUUGACAAUCUAACAAAUGAGUGUGAGCAAGAGCGGGAAGCUCACAGCAUCCUCCAAGCAGAGAACCAUGAGAUGAAGAAGACUCUGAUUUCCCAGGAGGAGCUAUUGAAGGUCUCCCUGGCUGAGGCUGAAGAGAAACACCAGAAUGCUGUGGAGACCAUUGCUCAACUGGAGGCUGAGAAGUCUGACCUUACAGAGCAAGUGAAGACACUGCGAGACAUCGUGCAGGUCACGAAGAACCUGCUGUCUAUGACUAAGAAGGAGUUUGAUGAUCUAACAAAUGAAUGUGAGCAAGAGCAGGAGGCUCACAGCAUCCUCCAGGCAGAGAACCAUGAGAUGAAGAAGACUCUGAUUCACCAGGAGGAGCUACUGAAGGUCUCCCUGGCUGAGGCUGAGGAGAAACACCAGAAUGCUGUGGAGACCAUUGCUCAGCUGGAGGACAAACACCAGAAGGCUGUGGAGACCAUUGCUCAGCUGGAGGACAAACACCAGAAGGCUGUGGAGACCAUUGUUCAGCUGGAGAAAAAACACCAGAAAGGUGUAGAGACCAUUGCUCAAUUGGAGGACAAACACCAGAAAGCUGUAGAGACCAUUGCUCAACUGGAGAAGAAACACCAGAAGGCUGUGGAGUCCAUUGUUCAGCUGGAGGAAAAACACCAGAAAGCUGUGGAGACCAUUGCUCAGCUGGAGGCCGAGAAGUCUGACCUUACAAGGAAAGUGAUGACACUGCGAGACAUAGUGCAGGUCAUGGGGAACCUGCUAUCUAAGACAAAGAGGGAUUUUGACGAUCUAACAAAUGAAUGUGAGUGAGAGCGGGAGGCUCAAAGCAUCCUCCAGGCAGAGAACCAUGAGAUGAAGAAGACUCUGAUGCACAAAAUAAAAACUUAA